AUGUCUUUCUUCGGCUUCGAUACGACUUUACCGAGGGAUGACCCAAGGAGCGGGAAAUCAAAAGGCAUUUUUGAGGCUCAAGAUCCUUUUGCACAGGUCCGACAAGCUCGGAAGUUACAAGCUUUCCAAGACACUCAGGAAGAGCCACUAGAAUUUGACGACACUUAUGACGGCCUAGGAGACAAGCUGGAGGAAACGGGAGAUGAUUUCAACGAUGACACAUUUGGCGGAGGCGUCGAGGCAGGGACAAUGUCAAAGGGCCAGAUUAGCAAAGACUUCGAUUUCUUUGGACAAACCGCACAGGUAUCAAGUGCCAUCGAGGAGGAACAACUCCGCUAUAGCUUGCAGCAGCAACCUAAGGCUUCGGCAACGACCGCGCAAAUCACUGCACAGAAACCAAAGAAGACAGGCUAUGAAAAGUACCAGGACCCGGGAUAUAUUCCUGAAAUACAGGCGAAGUCAAAUGUGUGGGGCACAAAACCGCAGGCACGCAACCAGGAAGAACAGCCGGAGCGGAUUAACACUGCCAGUAGUGGUGCUCCUCCGGCGAAAAGGAUGAUGAGUCUGGAAGCAGUGGAGGCUGCGAUGCGUGCACAGAGUCAACCAGUCCCUCCACCCCAGCAGGUGCUACCACCUGACUAUACACAGAAUCUGUAUCAGCAAUCAAUACCUAUGCGGCAAUAUGCUAGCCCGGAUCCCCAACAGCACCCGAUGGUCACUCAGCACCAGCCGCAGCCCACAAAGCCAAUUCAACACCACCAGCGAAACCCUUCCAAACAAGAAGCUAUUAAGCCUGCCCAACACCCUGUUCAGAUCUUACAAAAUCCAAACAGAGCUCAGCACUCGCCGCAGCCGAGCCAGGAUCGAGGUACUAUGCAAGACGCGCAACCUUCAAGGCCUAGCCAGCCAACUCCCACGAUUCCUGUCAUAACACAUCCGCAGCAAUCUAUGCAGCUGUCAGAAGAGCAGAGAAGGGCUUAUCUCGAGGAAGAUGCUAAGCGAGCAAAGCGCAAUCACAAGAUCUUUCUGUUAUCGAAAGGAAAUGGUCUCAUGACCCCUCAGGACAAGAAUUUCAUUACCAGAAUUCAACUACAGCAGCUUGUGACGGCUACUGGUAAUUCAGGCGAUGCAGAUCCGGAGGCUACACUAGCGGAAGACUUCUACUAUCAAGUCUACAGCCAGAUCCGGGGAGCUCCAAGGCAGCAUCCGACCCAGCCGCUGGGCCAUUUUGCGCAAACCUAUCUGUUACAGACAGGUGGUCGACUCAACAACAGAAGACAGGCGGUCAAUGGAGACAAUCACAUGCAGAGAAUGCAGCAACAAGUGCAACGUGCGGUUGAAGCGGCCAAACUAAAGCCCAAGAACAAACAACUGAUCAUUGAAGGGAGCUUAGGGAAAAUCUCGUUCAGUAAUGCAAAAACACCAAAGCCGCUCCUUAACAUCAAGCGACCUGAAAGCACUGAUUCAAAGCCGGCUACCAGUAAGAAGGCAAAUGCAGAAGUGAGGUCCAGCGACCGUAAAAGCGUACUGCGGAACCUCGAGACAGUCUAUCAGGACCUGAUGCAACUAGAAGACCACGAAAGGCAGAUGCCGCCGCCGCCAACAGCAGGCGAUGUGGAAGCUGCUCAAACCCACAUGGAGUGGCGUGAAAAGACACAAGUGCUCAAUUCGAAACUGUGGCGGGACCUUAAAGUCCUGGAGCCCAUCGUUCCCGGUUCCACUGUACCGCAUCCUUUCAUUGCCUUCUUAUCGUUUGCAAAAGGGAAGAAAAGCAUUCCCAGAAUCUUCCGCCACAUCGACCAGGAACAGCGCGUAACUAUACUGACCAUGAUCGUCGUUCACCUUGAUCAAUUGGAUGUCAUUAGCAGAGCGCAGAUUGCGCCAGGAGAAUCGCACCCUCCCCCGCUCGUCCGUGAGGAGAUCGAGUUGUUUUCGCAGGUGGUAAUGCCAUGUCUCCUCGGAUAUGUCAGCGAGGCUCCAAUCAACAUUAUCAUUGGCCUGCUGGGUCUUGUCCUUGACCACACCACGGUCCUUACUGUAGCAAAGACGAAAAUUGGUCUCGGCAUUUUGACCAUGUUGCUCAGCCGCGCUGAGCUUGUCAAGGAGUCCGGGAACGUCAACGAUGAAGACUGGCACCAGUGGACAAGCCUCUACGACCGCCUUUUCGAUACCUUGGAGCCUAUUCUUGGUGCUCUUUUCCCUGGCCCGGUCAAUACAGGUGACGAUAUGUACAUAUGGCAGUUUUUGGCUGCUGUUGGCGUCGGGGCGAGUCCCGAGCAGCAACAACGAUUGGUCCUUGGUGUCAAGGAUCGUGUCAUGGAGACAGUGAUGCAAAGCAGGACAUUGCCAGCUGACAUGUCGAGUCAGCGGCUCAGCAAUGUCAACCUUUUCAUGCGAGCCAUUGGCCUGGACGUCGAGCUGCUAGGCUAG